AUGUCGACUGCAACCAUCAACGGUGUCUCUGUUCGUGUCCACGACAAGCCUUACGAGGCGAUCUCACCUCAACGCCCAGAGCUGUCCCAAGCUGGAAGGACCGUGCUCGUCUGUGGCGGCUCUACGGGUAUUGGUCAUGCCAUUGCACGCAACUAUUGUGUCGCUGGGGCCUCCAGUGUCAUACUUCUUGGCCGUCGUGCUGAUGUUCUCAAUGAUGCUGUGUCCAAGCUCAACGAGGCCCACCCAAACACUGCUGUGACUGGGCGUGUGUGUGAUGUACACGUUAGAGACCAGGUCCAGCAGCUAUGGGAUAACCUUGAGAAGGAACAGGCUACUAUUGAUAUUCUUGUUUUGAACGCUGUUGGAAUCCCAGCUAUGCAGCCAAUUCUUGAACAAGGAGCCGAUAGACUUUGGGAAGAUUUCGAGAACAAUAUCCAUAUUCCCCUUUACAUUGUGGAGCGGUUCUAUAAGCAGCCUCAGCAUUCAAGCCAAAAGUUCCUUAUUUUUGUUUCGACUCAGGAUAUUCAUCGUUGGGACAGCGCCUCUCAAAUGCCUGGAUACCAAUUGACAAAGAAUUCCUUCACUUGCGCUCUUCAACAAAUUGCACGAGACACUCCUGAGGAAAAGUUGCGAGUUAUUUCAUUCCAUCCUUCUAUUGUAUUUACAGAGGCUGCGCAAAAGUCAGGAUACACUGAAGAGACCCUCCCCUGGACAGACUCAAACAUCCCCGGCGGCUUCGCAGUCUGGGCCGCAUCUCCCGAAGCCCAAUUCCUCCACGGCCGCUUCGUCUGGUCAACCUGGGACGUCAACGAUCUCGCCUCCGGUGAGCUCCGGUCUCAAAUUGACGCCGACCCGUGGUUGCUCAAGGUCGGAGUUAAGGGGUUGUGA